UCGGGGAGGAAAAAACUACAAAAUCAGCCGGUAGCGAUAAGGAGAAGCUCCAAACUGAGCUUUUCUGUCUGCAAGCAGGCAGCCAAAAUGUUGGCGACACUGUUUGUGCUGUUUUUGUUCUUUUGUAACCCAGUCUGCUGCGUUUUCCAGAAACUUUACUGCACCAUAUCGGACAGCUGCGACUGUGACUUUAAGCCGAAUAUUAGAGACUUGGAGUGGGACCUCUACAAGAAUGUCUAUGGACAGCAUCUGGCUCAGGACAUUGUGUCAGAAGAGGUGGGAAGGUUCCUUCAUAAUAAAAGCCCCAGUCAGCCACUGGUGCUGUCUUUCCACGGCUCCUCUGGGACGGGAAAGACGCUGGUCAGCUCUAUGCUGGGAAAUCAUCUGUACGGCUCAGCCAUGAGCAGCCCGUAUGUCCACCAGUUUGUCCCCACGCUGCACUUCCCCUUGCCCCACCGAGUCAAGCAGUACAGGGAGGAGCUGAAGGACUGGGUGCAGGGAAACCUGACGGAGUGCGCUCGCUCAGUUUUCAUUUUUGAUGAGAUGGAGAAGAUGCCUCCAGGCCUCAUUGAUGUCCUGGAGCCCUUUUUGGGUCCGUCUCAUGUUGUAUUUCGCACCAACUACCGCAAGGCAAUAUACCUCUUUAUCAGCACUGCAGGAGAGGAGGUGAUAAACAAAGUGGCUCUGGAGAACCGUCAGGCAGGACGAGAGAGAGAGGAGAUCAAAUUGGACAACCUGCAGGAGGCCAUCGCACAGGCAGUUUACAACAAUAACACAAGCGGCCUCUUCAAGUCCAACAUCAUUCAGCAGAAGCUCAUCACCCGCUUUGUUCCCUUCCUGCCCCUGAGCCGAUACCACGUCGAGCGCUGCGUGCACUCACAGCUCUGCCAGCGGGGCAGCUGCAGCCGCAAUGACGUGGUGGAGGCAGUAGGGGGCGACAUGAACUACACUCCAGCUAAGGGAAAGUACUUCUCCAGCACUGGCUGUAAGACUGUCCCUGCCAAAAUCAACUUUUUCCUGUGAGCUGAGGGGAACUGGGUUUAACUUUUAGGACUGAAAGGGAAAAUCUGAGAAAGAUGCUCACAUGCAGGUCAGAACAGCAUCUGGAGGCUAGGAUGCCCUGGGAGCAUGAAAUCAAGGGGAGUGGAACUCCUGACUGUCCGGAUUUGCAAUCAGUGAGUGUCUCCAUGAAGGUAUAGUUGGCGUUUUCUGACUUUUUCAGGAGUCAUGCCACACUCUACCUCAAACCCAGCUCUACCUUUUAAUUUUUAUAUAUUUUUGUUGGUAUGUUGUGGUUUCAGGUUUCAAAGGCUUCAACUGGAAGUCAUUAAUUGAUGUUUUCUUGUUUUUAGGCUCAUUAUUUAUCCAGUCUUAAUUUAUUCUUUGUCAACACCGCCAUCCCUUCAUGGUCACACUGAUGAGGAAUUGUCACAGGUGUCCAGAGCGGACUAAACAGCUGGAGGUUCUUUGCUGAGUGAGCGAAGACCUUUUUUGUUUGUUUUGUCUUCAUUUCAUUUUUCUAAUAUUUUUCCCAAAAGGGAUCACACAAGAUUGUUUUUAUUUUGGGUAACAUUUGUCAGCAAUGGGAUUUUUGCUAAGUGUUGACUUUCGACGAUCAUUAUCCAAGUUUUUCACCCGGAUGAAGCGACAUAUUUGGCUUGUGGCAAAGAGAGCUUGACAUGAAAGUACACGUCAUCAGUCGACUUAUUAGAAAGUAGAAUAUAUUUUAGGACUGAAAGAUGUCACAGGAUAAAGGAGCUCCUUUGCCAGAUCAUUUUAAAACAAAUGAAAGAAGAAGAGAUGAGUUUUACUUGGGGGGGAAAAAACAACAACUUGUGUGCUGCAGCCCUGCAGGCUCGAUGCCAUAUUUUGGGAGCAUGUGUCCACUUCUGCCAUCAGGUGGCAGUAAAGACUUUGUUUUAGACAAGUGUAACGGAGGUGAAGCUGAGUUCACCAAGAGCUCAGUGCAUUUUAAUUCACUUACUCCCAUGUGAGUGAGUUCUGUAGUGCUUUUAUUUUGUUUCAUUGCUUUAAACUGUACUGUAAAGGCAGCAGGUAGGGAUGUUUUUAAAACACUGAAAGUGCACUUUAUGGAGUAUUAAAAAGACCUGGUGUUCUUUGUCAAUUAUGAAAUAUUGCCAAAAGUUUGGAUUGUUUACACCAAAUUACUAAUUAUAAAGUAUUAAUUUUUUCUUGUAAUAAAUUGCCUGUUAAAUGCAGUGAAGAACAAGGGUAACGGAGUUCACAGGAUGAAGAUGAAAUUCUUAUCUUAUCAGGGUGAAGGUUGACACACACAGAGGCUCGUGAAACUCAAGACGGCCGCAGGGAUCAGCGUUCAUUAGCUUUGCUUUCAGUACAGAAAAGUCUAAUAGUCAAAUCAAACGCCAGUUUUUUUUUUUUUGAUUGAUUUUUACUUUUUCCACUCAGCUUUGCUGUGUUGCUGUGGAGAAGGCAGACUCCAGGCUAAAACUCAGUCAUGUUUUGUAUGAAAAUUUUUAUGCCAUCCAUAAUCGGCGACAGUUAGACUCCUCACACUACCACGGUUAAUACAAUCUCCACAACAAAACACUUUGGUUUUUGUCCUUGUUGUUUCUUCUGAGUUACACAAGUUUCAGGUCCAGCUUCUGAACAUUCGUGACUGAAGCGUUUGAGGUAUUGUGCACCUUUUACUGCUACAAUGUAAAGCAAAAAUAAAAUGUAAUGGCACAAGAAAGGUGUUCUGUGCCUUUUGUCCAGUAUUUAUUUAAUAAAACAGGGAGAUUUCUCUGUUUUCUUGCAUUUUAAUGGAAAAUAUUCUUUUUACUUCUGAGAAUAUCAACAAAUAUUUCUGGGACAACUUCACCAAUUCCAAGGUGCAUGGAGAAGAUCAAACAUCUGAUGGCAUGAAGACUCAGUUGAUCCUGGUGAAGGCCACAAGCUGAAACGCGUUUGAUCACCUAAUAAAGUUGUUCCCAUUACUUCUGUGAAUAUGACAUGUAACUACAGCUUUAUUUGUUUAUUUAUUUUUGAUUCAGUUUUUUAACAAUCACCAGUCUGAUUUCAAAGAAAGAUAGUAAAGGGUCCAAUUACUUUUUAACCCUUUGGGUGCUUUAUGUUGGAUCAGGCAACUGGUCACUGCAGGACUCCAGGCCUCAAGCGACGGUGUCAUGCAGGUUUUAGAUCUCACCCUGGGUCAACACACCUGAAUCCAAUAAUUACUUCGUUACCAGGCCUCUGGAGAACUUCAAGACAUGUUGAGGAGGUACUUUAGCCAUUUAAAUCAGCUGUUUUGGAUCAAGGCCCUGCAGGACACCGGCCCUUGAGGCCCGGCAUUCCCCAUUCUUUUGCUAAAUUAAUCUCCAGUUUCUUUCUUUUUUUUUCGCUUAACCAACUUGAAGUUACAUUCAUUCUUCUGUUUAUCAUUUGUGAUUUAUUUGCCACUGGAAACCCAAGUGCCCAGAGCGACUGAAUCGAGAAGUUGUUUAACGUAAAUACAUUCGGAGUUCUGUGUUUCUCAUUCUGAGAUAAUUAUUCCUCCAAUCAUAAUGACACUCAUACUGAAAAUGCUUAGUAAGACCCCACGACCACAAAAAACUAAGACAUUUGCUGCCGCAUUCAUUGAAAAACUUUGAGGAGCAAAACCCCAAAAGGUUGAUUUUGUUCAUCCGGCCGUAACAUUUUCAGUGGGAGAAAACGCUACGUCCAAGUGACUUCUUCAGUCUCAGCUGACUGCAGGAACAGAAACAACCUUUUGGGAUUUACUUACCUGGAUGAUUGAGCAUGCAUCAAGACUUUGGGGGUCAAGACUGUGCAUGAAAAAGCUGCUGUUAAAUUUACUACACUGAAGAUGCUUUCUAAAGAUAAGUCACUGUUUUGUACAGUAAUUACAUAUCCAUAGUCUAACAGUUGAAAUAUCAAGAGACUGAAAGACAUCUGUAAAACCUGCAGUGAAGUCAGUGUUCUUCACAUAAAGCGGUUAACGACUGUUAUUUGGUGUAACUCAACAAGUAGAUAAUGGUCAUGUAAUACAACAACAUGUUCAUUUAAAACUCAUCCUUUCUCAACAUUAUCCAGCACUGAAAACUUUAUAAAAGCCUGUUUUUCUGGUAUUUUAUUACAAAUUGCUUCAAAAAGGGUGAAGCAUGAUUUUUUUUUUUUUAUCCACCUGUCCUUGAUUGUGAAUGACUGGAGCUGCUGUGUAUCAGCUCUCUGUACGAGAUGCGAUGCUGAUUAGAUCUCUGAGAAAGACGUAACUCUGAUAUCUCGUUGAGCAGGAAAUUAAUAGUUUCUCCAUCGGAAAUGAACAGGUGUCAGAGGUCUUCAGGAGGCUGUGUUUGUUCACUCUUUUCAGUCCGUGAAGCUACAUUCUCACUUGUGUGGACAUUUCUCUUAACUUACUUGUCAUUAGAUCCAACUCAUUUACGCAUGACACCUCAUUUUUACACUGAGUUGGCACAGUGGGGUGGUACUUAGCACCAUCCUCUCACAGCAGGAAGGUCCUGGGUUUGAAUCCUUCCUGUGUGGGUUCUCUCUGGUAAAGACACAGUUGGGGUUAAAUUGCAUGGUGAUUUUAAAUUGGCUGUAGGUGUGAAAGUGUGAAUGGUUCUUUGUUCUCUGUGUUAGCCCUGCGACAGACUGGGUACCUGUGCAGAUCAAACCCCUCCUCUUGCCCUGUGAGAGCAGGGAUAGGCUCCAGAAUCAUUCCGCAUCCAGCUGCAUUCUUUAAUUGCCAACAGGGGGCGAUACCCGUGUUUGCAAAAACAUCUUCAAGUCCCACAGAAGUCUAAGGAGAAACAGGUCUUGGACUGAAAAAACUUUGAUGAUGGUUCUUGGGCUAAAUCACUCAUUUUAUCUCACAUGGUUAUCAUUUUCAAGUAUCAGAAAGGAGAAUUGUCCUGGGUAUGCUCGUUAAUUAACAAUUUGAGAUUCACAAGUCAUUAGCCGGUAGAUCUGUCCCUUGCUGUCACAUCUGGUUUCAACACAACAGCGGCUCAAAUGCACGAAGCCUCGAAACUGGAGUUCAUUAACCAAUAGGUGACAGCACUGGUGAGUGGUUCUUCAUCACCAUUGACCAUUUUGUAAAUUAAAAUUUAACGAUCAAAUUCUGGACGUUUCACUGGAGAAACAAAAGGGAAGGCUGGUGCAAGAUGGUCUUAAAAUAUGGGAAAGUAUAAACUAUUCAACAAAUCACUGAAUUUAUAACUAACUCACAUUAUUUUAUGUACAAUUUGUGAAAAAGUUCUUGCAUUGAUUUCGAUGUAAAUAUUGGCAAUACUUCACAGUCCCUAGACUAGAUGUUCCUGUUCAUGUUGAGGCUGAGAUUCUCAUCCACCUAACCUAGACAAUUAUACCUGAUAAACAUAAUCACAUCAGCUGAUAUUAGUAUUUAGGUAAAAGCACCACCCCAUCAGAUUUCUUAUCUACCCUCUAUUGGGACACUGAGUAGCAUAUAAAUAAAAAAAACAAUGCAAUAAUUUGCAAAUCUCAUAGAUGCACAUUUUAAUCACACAAAAAAAAAGAAAAUAUAUAUUUCAAAAGAGCUAGUUUUGAGUUUGAUGGCAGCAAGAUGUCUCAAAAAAGUUGAGACAGGGACAGCAAAAUGCUGUAAAAAGUUGGUGUUACUUAAAGAAAACCGCUGGAGGAAUAUCGUGUAUUUAACUGGUAACAGGUUAGGAUAGAUGGAGAUUAGUAACAUGAUUGGGAAUGAUACGAGCAGUAUAAAGUAUAAAAUAUCUCAUCACCUACAGUACAUGAUAUCAAAUGAGUCAGAGAUUGUGUAAUGGAUAAAAGUUUGGAACCUAAAUUGGAUGCCUGUGAUCUUAUGGCCUGCAGGGCAACACUGGAUUAAAAAACAGGCAUGAUUAAUUCAUAGAAAUCAUUGCAUGGGCUCAGGAACACUUCCACCAAUCUCUGUGAACAGCUCAUGGAGCCAUCCACAAAUGCAGAGCAAAGCUCCAUUAUAUAUGGAAGAAGUCAUAUCUGUACAGAUCUCAUUCUCUGGCCCAAAGCUUGUUUAAUAUCAACUGAGGCAAAGUGGAAAACAAGGAUGCACCAUCCUCCAGACUAAAGAGGAGAGUGGCCUUCUGGCUUGUUAAAAGCACUCAUACUAUCAUUAACAGUAUGGUUUCAAAGUAGAAGUAUUCAGUGUUCUUACUUUAAAGUUUUGAUAUGUUUUCUAUAUUGUGAAUAAAAUAACUGUUUAUGAGAUCUGUAACAAUUGUAUUUGUUUUUCUUUACAUUUUACACUGUCUGACCACUUUUUUUGGAAUUGGCUUUUUCUAAAUCCUACCACACAGUCGCCUAAACAUGAGAUUUAAAAAUGAACCCUGGAGUCAAAACUCUGGGGUGAAAGUUAUUUUUUAAAAUUGACAUCUUCAUAUGUUCAUUUCAAUUCAGUUUUAUUGUGUAGCGCCCAUUUUGCAUGUGUGGACAUGUGUUGCGUUUUCUCUCUGCUGCCUUAGGUACCGCAUCUUACAGCUAAACACAUUCAGUAAUUAGAUAAGGGAGCACGAGAAAGAAGAGCACUCCAGCGCCAGAAUACCUUUGUUGGUAGUGUGUGUGAGCAGCACUGUGCUUUGGGUUAACGUCUUGAGUUUCUCUUUGUGCGACAGACUUCUAGAUUUUGUUUGUCUUUAUUUUAGGUAAACCAAACAGAUGUAAACGGAAACUACCUUUAUCCCCACACUGCAUUUUCACACAUUCACGCCGUGGUAUGUGUCAACACGACGUGUAGUUACGUUUCCUGGGAGGGAGGUGCACGUCAGGUUUCGACGUAGAGUUAAAAUGGGGUCCCGUCAUGAUGUAAAUAAUGAUGAUCUGACACAGAAGUAUAGUUUAUCUGUUUAAACAACACCUGGCAACUGUAGGGAGGAAGAACUCCCUUUAAACACGAAGAGGCAGAACUAGGCUCAGGGAGGGGCAGCUAUCUAAAGUGACUGGUUAGAGUGUGAGCAGAAACUACACAUAAAUUCAUGGGAAAACUG